AUGGAAUAUUCAUUAAUGGGUCCAAAUUCAAAAGUAACCGAUAUUAUUGAGGGUACAACUAUAUUUUUGGAAUACUACCAAAAGAAAUAUCCAAUAUACAAAAUCGCCGAUUUAACUCAACCAUUACUUAAAUCUGAAGUUAAAAUGAGAAAUAAUGCUGAUAACAAUAGUUUUAUGGCCCAGUCAAUUCCAUCUGAAAAUGAUACAAACAGGUUCCCUUAA